AUGGGGGCGGAUACAAAUCCGUUUCUGCGCCGCGCAGCUGCGCGGGAGUCUAUACCUGCAGCCAAGAUAGAAGCUGUAUCCACGGUUCCAGCUGCUAAUGGCCCUACAGUGUCCUCUCUCUCGCCUUUGCAGGCCCAUUACCUGAAAAAGACUUUGGUGGGGCUUCAGCUCCAGGAGGAACUGGCUCAGCUGCACAGAGCGGAUGCCCUCGAGCUGCUUGGCCCACCCUUUCGCAGUUCAAAGCCACUGGAUCCCAAGCAGCUCCCAUUGCUCCGCCAUUUGCUACAUCGGUUCGUACUUACGUUCCCAUUCUUUGCCAAAGCACCGCCCAACUUUUUUUCCGACAAGGUGCAGCUGUUUAUGGAACGACUGCUCGAGCGGAAUAUUAUUACCAUCCACGACGAAAAUGGCGGACUGACAGGCGUAUCGAAUGUAACUGGCAAGAUGCAACGGUACUUGUGUAUGCUGGUCAGCUCUUCUAUGCGGGUGAUGGGUGUGGAAGAAGAUGUCGUUCGGAUCAAUGAACAGGAUCAACAACGCCUAGCUGCUAUUGAUGCACAACAGCGUGCAGCUCGCAAUAGAUCGGUAUCAGAUCACUUUGAGGUGGACAUUGUGGGCGUACGACGUACUAUUCUGCGAGGUCGUCUGCGUACCAAGGUCCAGGACGAGUUUCUUGUGUCGACAAAGAUUCAUUCACAUGAAGUCUAUGUGGGACACACCUAUCGCGGUUUCGAGGAGAUGCACAAACUCCUAGUAGCGCGUUUCCCCAUGGAAGAUAUCCCUGAUAUGCCCGCUAAGGACGAGUCGGCGACCACCAUCGACGGGACACUGCCUGCGGAAGAAACAGACGAGUGGACCGAUAUGACAGCGACUACACCCAGUAUGCUCAUUCGCGAGAGGAAUAGGCAUACACUUCGCGCUUUCCUGCGAAGCCUGCUCGCCAUCCCAGAUGUGGCUGAUAGUGAGAUCAUGCGCAGCUUCCUGAUGGAUGAACCUACAACCCUUACCAGUGCAGACAAGGCCGAUAUGGAUGUGCGCAAACGUGCCGAUGCCCUACGUGAGACUGAAUUCAAAGAGUUUUCCGACAAGAUUACAGAUCGCGUACUACAAUUGCAGCUGCAUCUCGGGACGUUCAAAAAGCAUCUGAUGGAGCCUGAUGGACUAAGUCGUAUGCUGGCCACCAUCCGGCGCUGCCCACAUGUGUCGGAUUUGCCACCAGAGUAUAUGGAAUUGAUGAACUGGGCCACGGUGUCUAUGGCUUCCGGCCUUUUUACCAUGUUUGUGGGCCGCGACUCGUCGUCAAGUGCAUUUGCCCAGUUGAAAUCUGUGCACGGCAUGAUGCCUUACUUCAUGGUGCGUAGUAUCCUGCGCAUUUCCAACCCUGUGGCAAUGAUGCGUUCCUUUUUGGAUUUGUUUUUGGCGCAGCCCUUUGGGCAAAAGAGCUUACUGCAGCGGAUGUUUACCGGCCGAUUGCAAGAUGAGAUUGCUGAGAUGAAAGAGCUAGCCGAGAACGUAAUGUCCAGGAUCCCUGAUCCAUUGUGGUGGAAAAAGGUGGCAGAGUUCGUUGCCAUGCCGCAAGACAUGCAGAAUUUGUUUUGUGAGCAGGCUCGGGCAGAACGAUCCGAGCUUUUAUGCGUCGUACUUCGCUCGCCCCUAGGAGGUGAGCUGUCUGAACGGCAGCAACGUCAACUCAGUCGUGCAACGGCUGAACAGCAAAAACUAAAGCGAGAGCGACGGCGCGCCCAAGCACACGGCCUGCCUGAGCCGGAGCCUGACAACGAGGAUGCGUGGCUUCUUGAAGACCUGCAUGUAUAUUACAACCUAUGCGUGGCCAUGCGUGAAAAAGAGCAGCUCAUUGGUCUCAUAUCUGACAGUGCUACGACCGACCUGAUCAGGGAUAUGAUUACGAUCUUCUAUGCGCCUUUGGCAGAGGUAUAUCGUGCGGCCAACAUUGCCGAUAUGCUCGGUGACCUGCAAAUGUUUAUCACGGAUUUGAUCAAGACCGUGGACGACCACGAAUCGCUCUCGGCUACGCGGCCCGAAUUGUUGGUGGAUGCGUUUGUAAAUUUAGUCCAACGCCAUCAACAAUUGUUCUACAACUUUGUGCAUCAAGUGCAUACGAAAGGGUCAGCGUUGUUUGAACGAUUGGUACAAUGGAUUCAGCUAUUUAUCAAUUAUGUGCGUGAUCCACGAGAGCCAGAAUCUUGUGGCUUAGGUUGGAUUAAUUUGGAUCGCUGUCUGCCUACAGAUCCUGGCAUGUAUCAGCGUGUCAUCGCCGAGACGCAAGAGGUGAUACAGCAAGCGUACCGUGUCAAGCUAAGACGGGAAAUUCGACGGCGACGCAAGAUGGCCCAUGUUGCUGCUACUGGGUCGGACAACAAUUUGUAUGAAGAUGAUCAGUUUAUUAAGACCAUGUCGAACAAUUUUGGAUUUGGAUCGGCGCUCAACGAUGAAAUUGAGGAAUUGGGAGAUGAUGACGAGGACGAUUCAGCUUCUUCGACUCAUUCCAGCGAUUCAGAGGAAGGACCUGAAGACGCAGACGCUCGUGUGUACCGACCCCAGGCCGAGGCCAAGGGCACAGCUACACGCGCAGCCUCUUCGAACGAACCUCCUCGCACGGACGCCAUUCGCACUAUGCUUCCUGCGUUCCGUGCCAUCUUGUUGCCCAAGUUGGUGUAA